GCAGAAAUUUCUUUCACUCUUACAGUUACACUGCUGGCGACUUCUACGUGGAUUCUCAAAGAGAACUAAUACUCCCCCGCAGCCGUAUGGACGAUGUUGCCCUUUCUCCAUUACAACUAGUCAAGGCAGCGUAUCAAAAGCUGAGUCGUGAAGAACUCUGUCUUUUUUCGCAUAUCAGAGGUCUGCCAACUACAGGCACAGAUGAGACUUUUAUUUCUCGACUUGCAAACCACGAUCUUCACGUUUAUCACUUUCCUAAUGGUCAAUCCGAUCUAUCAACUCCUCCCACUCCUUCACUAGAACCUCCUCGCACAGUCGCUCCAGACCUUCCCGUCGAAAUUAUUAGCACCAUUCUGGAUUUUCUUGGUGAUUGGGAGCUUACCCAAGCGUUGGGUAUCCCAACUUCUCUUCAUCCACCACCUGACUGGUAUUGUGCUUCACCCACGGAUCGUGCAAUGAUCAUUGGCAACAUUGCUCGUAUUCGAGAAAUCGAUCUUGACGUCAAUCCCCCCUCUAGAAUCGGAGUAGACAUUGUCAUUCGCUUUGGCUAUAUUCACGUCCUCCAAUUCGUCUCCUCCCGUCAUCGUAAAAUCUUCCUCUCCAAAUUUCAUGAUGCAAUUCCCACUCGUGCCUCUCAUUAUGGUCAAACAGCUGUGCUUACAUGGUGGAAACACGAAUCCGAACAACAACAAUCUGGCGUUGUUCCCAAAAUCAAAGCGGCAUCCAUCGCAGAAGCUGUUGAUGCAGCAUCUCGGAGUGGUCAGAUAGUUUCUCUCGAUUGGUGGAUGACUUGUGGCUAUCCUUUCGAGUUUACAGAAGCUGCGCUUGAAUCUGCAAGUAUCAAAAAUCAGCUCGCUGUGCUAGAUUGGUGGAAGCAACAGCAUAAAUUGAACAGGGUUAGUCUCAAAAUUGGGAAGGUCAUGGAAACUGCGACUCGUCAUAAUCGAGCACAAGUACUGGAUUGGUGGGCCAAGUCCGGAUUGCCCAUUCAGUAUCGCAUGUGUGAUAUCGAAGAGGCGCUCGAAGACGCUAUAGGCGGUGGAGACAAUACCAGAAAAUGGUGGCAAGCAAAGGGCAUCGAUUUCAAUGCCAAUGAUAAGGAGUGGAUGAAGCUGCAGAAUCUCAAUUAAUCGAUAUACCAUAGUCUACCUCAUCUACCCUAGCAUAUGUAUAGUACGCAUUUCAUCUGGAGCAUUGAAGACACGACAGAUAUCCAUUCCGGUUGAGUUUGAAACUGUCCAAG